GUUUAACUUGACAUGGUGUCCUGAAUGCUUGCUGUAACCAAUCCUGCCCUCACUGAAGAACGGGGGAUAAUGGCUUCCAUGCCUACCUCGACUCCGGCCACCUCAGGCCGGAGCACUCGGAGGAGCACCGUUGGCGUGUCCCCGGCAGGAUCCAGCGCUAGCCCGACUCGCCUGAGCCGUCUCCAGGAGAAAGAAGAAUUGAGGCAGCUGAAUGACCGCCUGGCGAAUUACAUUGAGCGAGUCCGCUUGCUAGAGACGGACAAAGCAUCUCUGCAGCUCCUGCUUGAGGACAGGGAGCAGUCCUCGUCCCGGGAGUUGGGAACGAUACGGCUGCUCUAUGAAACAGAGCUCGCAGACGCGAGGAAACUGCUGGACAACACGGCUAACGAGAGAGCUAGGCUUCAACUUCAAUUUAGCAAAGUCACAGAGGACCACCGACAACUACAGAUAAGGUACAAUAAAAAGGAGACUGACUUGGCUGCUGCUGUGGGCCGCUUGAGAAAUCUUGAAGCUCUAUUGAACUCCAAAGAGGCAGAAUUGGCAAAUUUACUGGCUGAAAACAGGCGUCUAGAAAGUGAACUUUUUGAUUUCAAGGCUCAGACUGCCAAUCUUGAAUCUGUGUUACAUGAUGUUAAGAAUCAACUCCAGGAUGAAAUGCUGCGAAGAGUUGACCUUGAAAACCAAAUGCAGACACUACGGGAACAAAUGGAGUUUCAGAAACACAUCGGUGAAGAAGAGCUCCGGGAAACCAAAAGUCGUCUUGAAACUAGACUAGUUGAGAUUGACGCUGGUCGGCAGAAGGAAUUUGAUAGCAAGCUUUCUGAGGCCAUGCAACAGCUCCGAAGGGAACAUGAAGGCCAAAUCCAUCAAUAUAAGGAGGAGCUAGAGAGAAACUUUAUUGCCAAGCUGGAGAAUGCACAACACGCUGCUGCUAAGAAUAGCGAUUUUGCCAGCUCUGCCAGGGAGGAGCUAAUGGGGUCAAAAAUGAGGGUUGAAACCUUGUCAUCUCAGCUCGGCCACUAUCAGGAACAGAAUGCUGCCUUGGAGACCAAACUAAGGGAAGCUGAGAAUGCUCUGGACCGGGAGAGAGAGAGAAACCAUCAACGCUUAACUGAGAAAGACAGAGAAAUGGCUGAAAUGAGACAGCUAAUGCAGACCCAGCUGGAAGAAUAUGAGCAUCUUCUGGAUGUGAAACUGGCUUUGGACAUGGAGAUCAAUGCUUACAGGAAAAUGCUGGAAGGAGAAGAACAGAGACUGAACCUGUCCCCGAGCUCCGCACAACGAACUGCCGUGUCUCGUACCCGGACACUGCGGGGGAAGAAAAGGAAACUUGUAGAAACGCAGAGUCAAGCCCCCAGCUACAAAAUAUCCCAGCAUUCCUCCUCCACCGGACCUGUUUCUAUUGAUGAGCUAGACUUGGAAGGGAACUUUGUCAAGCUUAGAAACAACUCUGAGGAGGACCAGCCUUUAGGUGGGUGGAUCCUAAAAAGAAACCUUAUGUCCAUGUUGGAUGUUGCAUAUAAAUUUCCUUCGAGGUUUGUGCUUCGAAGUGGACAGACAGUCACUAUUUGGGCAUCAAGCACUGGGGUUAGCCCUAAUCCUCCCAGUGAUUUAGUCUGGAAGAGUGACACUACCUGGGGUACAGGGGAUAAUAUAAGGAUUGUCCUCAUCAACAACAAUAAAGAGGAGACUGCAGAGCGAACCCUGGUGCGAAUACUGAGAGAGGCAGAGGGUGAAUCUGAGGAGGAGGAGUAUGAUGAAGAGCAUAUCACUGGAAGUGAGGUGCCCCUACGACGACAGCCAAAAAGAAGAAAAAAGAAAUGUUGUUCCAUCUCAUGAUUUGCCUCUGGUUGUAUGAACCAACAAACUAGGUGAGGCAAUGAAGGCAGCCCUGUGCUUCACCCUCUCCUGUGUUUGCUCACCUUUUUAUACUGAUCGGCUUGCCACAUCUGCUUAUUUACUUGCUUUUUCUGAAACUGAAAGCCUUUAAGAUAUACAGUAUAAUAUUAAUGCAUUGCCCCAAGCAAGAAUAAGUGUUCUUAUUCCCUGGUAAAGUUGCAAGGUACAAGAUCUGCUACAUAAGUAAGUUAAAUUUGCCUUGUACUAUUUAUGCAAAAUAUCAGCUGGAAGGCGACCCUUGGAUACAGUCCCAGCCGAGCCGUUGUCUGUAUCACUCUUCUGUCGGAUGGGGACCAUCCCACAGUAAAUUCGAUGCUGCAUCUUGUCUAAGAUGCCCUUCACUAAGUAUUUGAUUGAAUUCUCAAAGCUGAACAUUUGGGGGCGGUAGGUUUUUCUGUGAUCCUUGGUGUAUAUUGCAUUAACAUUCUAGUAGUGGCUUCCUCUGCACUCACAAGCCUCAGUCAUUAGGAAAAGGUACUUUCCUUGUACAUAUGCAUCCAUGUUUUGCAUGGUAAAUAUCAUUUUGUAGCUUAUGCAUGGAAAACAGCUGUCUUGCUCCCAAUAUAAUGGUGUAUGUGCUUUACGUUAAAACAUGUUCUAUAGCCCCACUGUAUUCACAUGCAUCAGUAUGAAUAUUGUUUGUGAAUGAAUCUUGAAUCUGUUUUUGCAGGGUCUUCAUAGAGCUGAUGACCCCAGCUGUUCUGUUAUGUAGCAGCACAAGUGGUUGAUUUUGGAAUCCCAAUGAGAAGCUGUUACUCGAGUGUUUUUUGUUGUUUUUUUUUUUUUUUUAAUGAAUUGGAAUGUAAAGAUGCUAUUAUUGGAGUUGCACUAGUUUGUUUUGUUUUAUAUGGAAACUGGUAUUUUUCUGUUGGGUAUUCUUGGGGGGGGGGGGGGAGCAAUGAGAACUAGACUGGUUGCAACACGAUUAAAUUCUUUGAUUUUUUCAGUUUCUCUCACAUCAGAAGGUGCCUUUUCUUAACUGGGUAUUAGAGAUCUUUCAUGAAGGUUAACAUUUUUAAGGAAAGAACUGGACCAGCCAUAAAGACGCAUGGCUGUCUUUUAAUCCCAAUACGUCAGAGGAAGCACAUUGUAUCCAGUGGGUAAGCACGUUAUGUUAAAUCAGAUUAAAAUACAAGUCAUGGUGUGCCUGUGCAGUAGCUCAACACAUUAGCGUGUGACUGGGCUAAUCUGCUGCGUCCGCUAAGAUUUAAUUUAAAUAGCAACUUAACCUUGUUAGCUGGGCAUGCAAAUGGAUCAGAGAUUCGUCAGGUCUUGGUUGAAAACGGCAGCUUUCACUCUUCUCCACAAUGGGACUGUGGAUUCAUUGCCUCGGGCACUGCAGCACUAAAGCUAUGUAUUGUUUAGGAGCAGUAUAUGCAAAAGCUACACUGUAGCCCUACAGCUUAACUUAUACCUACUGUUUCCAACAGAGGUCCCUGUAGAGCAUUCUUAGAAGGAAUAAGGACACUAACUGUGAAGUAUAAAUAAGGUCUGAUGAAGAAAGUAUGAUUGGAUUUCCAUGUGAUGGCUUGUGCCGUAAUUUGGCAACUGGAAAAAUCUAUUCAUAAAUUUUCAUCAGCACAGCUUGCACACAGGUGUGUUGAAAGAAAAAAAAUGUAUGUGAUUUCCCUGCUUCUACAGUAUUCAUUACAUUUUCAUGGUGCUAUGACAUUUGGUUUAAUUAUUCUGUCUGUGUUAUAAUCUCAAGAUAUUGGGUUAUUAGAAUUAUUAUAGCUUUGCAUUAUUGCACACUAGUUCGCAUCUUGCUGGCUUUAAAGGAAAUCUAAUCUUAAUGCUCAAUUACAAGAAGUGUUUUUUGAGAUGCGCUGUGUAUUUCCACUGAGCCUCUUAAAUGCACAGUCUGCUGCUGAGCUAUUGUUGAAUCUCACAGUUGGCACUUUAAUAAAUCGAACAGGUGAAAAUCCUAACCCUUUUUUUUGCCUUUAAGCCAAAGAAGAAUAUAUCAGUUUUUACACAUUGACGUAAAUUAAAAUAUGUAACGCAGCUAUUUAUUGGGUCAGUGUGUGACUGGCAGUUCAAAUUGCUGUCGCUGGGUAAAGUGUAUGUGUUUAUUAAACACUUUUUUUUGACAUUCUCUGAUUGUUUUGGUAGUUUGGAGUAUUAUUUUGCUAGUAUGUUUCUAUUUAGAUGAAUUGUAUAUUUGUAUUGUUACAAAUACAAAAUGUAAUAAUUUUCAAAGCACACUGAAUGUAAUUUGUGCCUGCAUUGAUUUCUUGCACAGUUCAUAAGAUGCUUUUUUUUGUUUUGAGUUGAUAUUCUAGAUGCAUUUAUUUUUUUUUGGUGUGUUUUUUUUCUUUUCUGAUGUACAAAACUUGUAGGACACUGAAUAUGAUGUAACCGCAAGUCAUUUAUUGUGAAGUCAUAUACGCCACAGCGAGUUAGUGGCCUUAUUAUAAAUGGCAUUCUCUUCUGUCACAAAUAUAUUGCUUCACGUUGGUCCCUUUAGCACUGUAAUUGCACACACUGCACUUACACAUUUAACUUGCAUCAGUUGCGUGGGAAUGUUUAAAAUGUGAAAGUAAAGGAAAAUAGAGACGUGAUACUGUCGGCACACAGAGCACGCAGACGCUGUUAAGCUAACAUUGAAUAUUGCCUUUUGUGUGGGAAAUCCCAUUCAUGUCUAUUCGGCCAUUUGAUCAUUAAACCUGCACACUGUACCAAAAUAGAUACAUUAUUUUGUACUACUUUAAAUAAAGCCUUUUUUUAUUGAAGAAAAUACAUUGCCCGGGUUCUGUAUUUUUUGAUUUGUUGAAAUGUCUAAAUGUAAAAUGUGCUUUAACUACAGAUUUGUUAAACCCACUGGUAUCUGGAAUGGAAUGUAUCAUUUUGAAUAACCUGUCCUGGCCUGCCAAGUAUUACUUGGUAUGUUUGGUUAGUGAGUGAGUGGCCAGCACUCUUAUUACAGUACAAGACUGACACUAAUAUCUUCUUUCUGAUUCCAAUUAAAUGGCAUAAUAUUCAGAUUCUAUCUCCCCUGCCUCAGAUCCCCAUGAUAACUGAACAGUUGCAGAUAAUUGUCAAGGGUUGUAACAAAAAUCAGCAGCUUUGAAGGAUCUAAAAAAAAAAAAAAAAAAAAAAAAAUUGAAUUGAAAAUGUAACAGAUUUUUGUUUUUGGUUAGUCGCACAACCAAACACUGCUUGCAUAGUGUUUUUUUUUUUUUUUGCGUCCAAUCAAAGGAUGACUUGAAAUCCUAUAAAAGCUUCAAGAUUCAACUUAUUUUUAUAUCAUUCAAUAAUACGGUUUUAAAUCUCCCCAGCUGAUUGAUUUUAUAUCCAAAAUUUCAAAGGUCUUUGAUGUGAAUGACCAUAUAAGAAAUGUAAGAAAACAAUAUACUCCAGAAGACAACAAAA